AUGUCCCUGCUCCGCCACCUUGCGCGCCGUCCCCCACCCUCAAGACCGUUCCAGCUCAACGCCCGUCCCUUCCAACUCAACGCCGGUGGCGUCCGCGUACAUGUCUCCGCCCCAAAGCCUGAACCCCCCCGUCCGCGCAGGCUCAUACGGAGAAAUAUCUUCUAUGGCAGUUUGACUGCUAUGGCGCUGCAGAGCGACCAUCGGCCAUCUGUGAUGGCCAGGCAACAUUUCCAUACCACGGCGAGGAGAGAGGCCAUCCCGUUCUUGGGCUUGGCAGGAUUGCUCAAGGCCUCUACGAUUCUCGAAGUGAUACGAGCCGUAGGACGCGUAACGCUCACAUUUGUACCCUUCGUCCUGUUCAAGAACAUUGUGUCGCGAAAGUACUUGAAGAAGGUCGACCAGUUCAACGAGGAGCAUCCCGACAAGCCAUUCCCUUUCCAUCACGGCGAUGAGACGAAAUACGCGGAGAAGCGACAAUUCCUCAUACGCGGUAUCCGCAGGCGCACCAUCAUAUUCCACAUGUUGAUGUUCGCGCCUUUUGCACUAUUCGCCCUCGCUAUAUUGGCGAGUAUAGAGCGGACACCGCUUACGGGCCGAUGGCGCACCAUCUUGUUGUCUCCUGAGGAAGAGGAGGUGAUCGCACAGCAACUCGCCGGCGACGGCUGGUACCGCGCUGUGGCGGAGAUCUUGGCGCAGGAGGGCGUGCCUAGGCUCAUACCGCCUUCAGAUUGGCGAUAUCAAUGGGUGUACAACACCCUGCGCCAGCUUGAGGGUAUCAUCCCUGCACUCGGCGAGGAGGAGAACUUAGCGCCUGAAUGGUAUGCGCGUGGUGAUGAGGAUCCGCCGCUACCACCGCCCGCGGAAUACCCCCUCCGACCACGACCCCGAGCGAGCGAAGCUAUCCGUCUUUUCCGUUGUUCAGUCACUGGCGAAGGACCGUUACCGGGUGCAUCGUCACAUAACAUUCCUGGUCCGCCGUACUCGCUUCUCGUCAUUGACGACCCCGAGUCCUGCAAUGCGUUCUCGUACGGCUUUGGACCGGACGGCGCGGGCGGUAUCGUGGUCUUCUCUGGAUUCCUCGACCAGAUCAUGCGCGAUAACCCAUGUACACCCCCUCCGCCCGAGCCGACUUCGUCCUCCUGGUACUCCUCGCUUCUAGGCGGGAGCACGCCUCCACGCGCAGCAUCUUCACCAACACCGGAGCAAACAGCCGACCUUGCAGUUCUGCUCUCGCACGAACUCUCACAUCUUGUACUCGCGCAUCAUCUUGAGACGCUCUCGAGCAGCACAGUACUCGUCCCCGGGGUUUUCUCGAUCUUCUCGGACGUCCUACGCACGCUGCUCUUUCCCUUCACGGCGCUCAUGGGCCCGUUUGUGAAUGAUGCGCUCGCCAGUCUUGGCGCCGCGGGGAGCAUCGAGGCGUCCAUGUGUGGGAAGUACUGCACGACGAUGAAUCAGGAGAUCGAAGCGGACGUCGUUUCCGCCCGAUUGCUCGCAUACGCGGGCUUCGAUCCCCGUCGUGCGGUGCACUUUUGGGAGAGCAGGGAUGACCAGUGCGUCCCGGGCGCAGGACAGAGCGUGCAGGAGGAGAGGGAACGCAGGCAGUUGGCGCAGCAGAGGCAUGCGUCGAGUCCGAUGGCGUUGUUUGGGGAGAGCCAUCCGAUCAAUGAGGUUCGGGGGCAGAAGUUGAGGCAGGAGCUUGCGAGGUGGAGGGAGGAGCGCGAUAGGCGGAUCGAGCAGUUGCGGAAACUGCAUGAGCCAUAG